AUGAGCGCAGAAGAGAUACAGGCACCUAACACGGCGCCAGAGACUGAGGCAGAACUCGAGGCAUUCAGACAGCGAUGGCGCGAAGAAGUAGAAGCCCGGAACAAGCAGACAGCAACGCCAUCGACAAAGAAAGCCUAUGAAAAGAUACAGAGGCAAAGGGGCGCUCCUCCGCCAGCACACGCCACGGCCGCCGCACCCUCGUCAAGUCGAACGUACAAUGAAGAGGUAGAACCCAAGGCAUACCACGAUCUCCCGAACAAGGAGGAGCAGCUAGUUCUCGGGAAAGAAGGACAGGACCACGACAGAGACGUAUACAAAGAGCCUAGCUCAGCGCUGGAACAUUACGAGAGGGCCGUAGAAAGGGAGACUCAAGGCAAUCUAGGCGAGAGCAUCAGACACUACCGAAAGGCAUUCAAACUCGACGACGGCGUCCACGAAGCCUACAAGCGCAAACACUUCCCUCCAUCAUCUUUCGUGAAACCCAAACCGACCAACCCCAAUACAUCCAAUGCCGCCGCCACAGUCCCCCGAACCGACCACCACUCCCUAUAUGGUAGUUCCUCAGAAGCCCUGCCAGCAACCCUCAAACAGCUAGUCGACGACUUCUCCGCCCUUCGAAUCGAACCCCCACCACCACCCACAGAUGCCUCCCCACAAGAACGCUGCCUCCUCGCGGAGAUGCCCGAAGAAAUCCUCACCCAAAUCCUCAUCGACCUCGCCACCCAAGACGUCGCCUCCUUCGCCCGCCUCACCCAAGUCUGCAAACGCCUCGCCUACCUCGUCCUAACCGAAGACUCCAUCUGGAAACGCGUCGCCCAAGGCCCCGAAUUUGGGUUCGCCGCCAUGCUCUACGACUACACCGUCGACAUCGAAGGCUUCCCAAUUUCCGCGAGCGACAACAUCGCCCGGUACCUCGACGACGAGAUCGACGAAACCGAAACCCCACCCCUGGUCCCCUUGCCAAAAGAACGCGAACAGUCCUUCGACGCUUUGACAGACUCCCUCCUGCACUCAACCUACGCCUCCUCCUGGCGCCACCUCUUCCGCACCCGUCCCCGCCUGCGCUUCAACGGCUGCUACAUCUCCACGGUGAACUACACCCGCGCCGGCGCCACAGCGACCAACACACUGACGUGGGGCGCCCCGAUCCACGUGGUGACCUACUUCCGCUACCUGCGCUUCUUCCGCGACGGCUCUGCCAUUUCCCUCUUGACGACCUCCGAACCGCCCGACGUCGUACAUCACCUCACAAAAGCAAACCUCCACUCCCACCACGGCUCGUACCUCCCUUCUUCCGUAAUGAAAGACGCCCUGCGCGGGCGCUGGAGGCUCUCCGGCCCUGCUUCCUCCUCAUCGCCCGACCCGCUCACGGGCGAAGAGGAACAUGAGGGGGAAUUGUUCAUCGAAACGGAAGGCGUCGUGCCCAAGUAUACGUACAAGAUGCACUUGGCCGUGGCGAACGCGGGGAAGAGUACGCGCAACAAUAAGUUGGCGUGGAAGAGGUUUUGGAGUCACAAUAAGCUGACGGACGAUUGGGGCGAGUUUACGUUGAGGAAUGAUAAGGCGUUUUACUGGUCGAGGGUGAGGUGUUAUGGGGAUGGCUGGUAG